CCAGACCGCCAGGUGGCGCUGAUGAUGCUGCGUGUUAAGAGCUCCUUCUGCGUUCCACUUCCGGUGGUGUUGAAGAUGGCGGCGUCCGUACGCACACUGUCCGGUGUAGGACUCCUGUCAAAGGCGGUACGAACUCUCUCCCUAAAGGCUGCUGUCCCGCGGUGUGUGUCCACAACUUCUCCAUGUCCAGCUUCAUCACGACACCGGAUUAAUGUGACUCCUGCAACCUUCCUGAGCACUGCAAAUGUUUCUACGUCACACUCUUCCCCUAUCACAGUAACGGACGAGCCGGACAUGCUGUAUCAGAAGCUGACCGUGUUGGUUAAAGGUCACGAUAAGACGGUUCUGGACAGUUAUGAGUUUUUUGCCACAUUGGCAGCCCAGGAGCUCGGCUUAAGCCUGACGAAAGUUUUUGAACCGCCAAGAAACAUCGAGAGGCUCACACUCCUUAAGUCGGUGCACAUUUUCAAGAAACAUAGGGUCCAGUAUGAAAUGAGGACACACUACAGAGCCAUCGAGAUUGACAGAAUAACAGGAUCCACUGCACGGGCAUAUCUGGAGUACAUCCAGCGCAACCUGCCUGAGGGAGUGGCCAUGGAGGUCACCAAGACUGCUAUAGAGAAAGUUCCAGAACAUAUUCAGACACCCAUCUGGGAUAAGGAGAGCCAACAGGAAACCAGCUAAUGAGGACCUGUUUACUCCAAGCUUUGCAAACAUUACAGCAUACUGGAGAGGAAGAAAACAGCACUCUCAUCUCACAAUAUUUUAUUUUUUGCCUGUGUUUAAGAAUAUAAAUGUGUCUAGUUCUGUGUAUUUAUAAGUCUAAGCCAUGACUUAAAAUAAUAUUAAAAAUUAAAGGGAUUUCAUGUGGCUCUGAUUUUUUUUUUUUUUACUUUAUACAUGUUCUGUAUAAAGGCACAUUUUUUAAAAAUUAUUUUAUAUGCAUAGAGAAAACAUGUUCUUAUUGUCAAUAUUGUAAUUACAAAGAGAACAGAAAAAUGUGAGAAUGAGCCAUAAAUGUUUUUUUUAUUAAAAUUAAAAAAAUGUACCAAAAAGCAAUGGAUGGUCAUACAUUCGAAAUGUAGAAAGUUUGUACUGUUCAUUAAUCCAAUAUUUCUUUCUAUUAAAAACUGAAGAAAAACCA